AUGGCAACCAACAGCGCCCGCGGAAACCCCAUUGGCGCCAGCGAAGGCUUCGCCGAAAACACAAGCAAACCGUCGCUCCCCGCCGAGACGAUACCCGCCGAGACGAAGCGCGACGUCAUGAAUGCGCAGCCGCAGUCUGACACUUCUGCGAAGCAUGUGCCCGGGCCUGACGGGGACGUGCCGGCCGAGGACCUGCCUCCAAAACGGUCGGUCAAGAUGGAGCAAGAGCUGGGCACGGAUCGCGACCACAUCCAAAAAGCUGCCGAGCUGGGGUCCAAGUAG